UCGAUGUCAGAAAAUUAUUAAUCCGUAAGAAAAAAAAAAUUAAAAAAAAGUAAAAAUGAAGUUCGCUUUAGUUCUCUUGGCCUUAGGGGCGUUAGUUAGUGCUGAAGAAGACAAAACAAUGGAAACAGCGAUUAAUUUUAUCAAGGACUGCCAAGGGGAUUACUUCUUAUGUGUUAAGGAGAAAUUGCUGAAAAUUGUCGAUAAUGUGAGGGCAUCUAGGAGCAUAUCUAUCGCGGAGGGUGUAGUGCUUAAGGGUGAGCCUGCCUUAAGAACCGGGAAGCAGUUGGAGCCCUUGCCCAUCGACCCCAUUGCGAGGGAUACCGAAGUGAACUAUAGGUUGUUGGAUGGAGUCGUCAACCUAUUCGAAACACACGCUCUUGAAGUUAAAAUGAACGAUGCUGAAAAGGAAUCCUUUCAACGCUCGUUAGAAGAAGGUCGCGGCAAGAAAAAGGGUCGUGGUAAGAAGAAGGGAGGCAGCGGAAUCGGAGCCAUUAUUGGACUUCUUGGAGCCAAAUUGUUGCUUGGAAAGAUGUUUAUCGUGAAGCUGAUCGCUUUGAAGGCUCUCGCCACCGCUAAGAUUGCCCUGGUUCUGGCUGUCGUACUCUUCAUUGCAUACUGCUUCAAGCAGGACCACACCAAGACGACAUACGAAGUGGUACCCCACGCCCAUCACCACGAGUCGCACCACCCAGUCCACGUGGAACAUAUUGCCCACGAUCUCGGCCACGAUCUUGGCCACGGCCACGGCUACUCUGGAUACGGAGCCGAUUGGAACAAGAACAUCGACGAAGCCCAGAACCUCGCCUACUCAGCGUACUCACCGCACUAAUCAAUCAUAAACUAGACCAAAUGUAUUACCAAUAGCAUCCAUUGUACAAAGACUUAUUUAUUUAAUUUAUUGUUAUUAACUUAUUACUUACUAUAUGGAAUAAAUUAUUAUUGUUGGA